AUGUUGAGGGUCAGGAAGAGUCAAAAUAUUCAUGGUGGAUUAGAAAGUGUUUCUCAGCAAAUUAUUACGCAUUUAGAGUUAGUCAGCUUUAUUGGAAUGACUAACUUAUCACAGUUUUUCCUAGACGUGGGACUGAUUACUACAUUAGUUGAGAAGUGGAGGCCUGAGACGUACACUUUCUACUUGCCCCCUAGAGAGUGUACUAUUACUCUUCAAAAUGUUGCUAUCCUAUUAGGGCUAUGCAUAGAUGAGAGAUUAGUUAUAGCACCUAUUGGAGGUGAUUGGGCUCAGAUUGUUGAAGACAGCCUAAGUAUUGAAUCAGGCCAAGAUGCUUUUUUAAGGAGUUUCCUGAAGAUGAGCUGGUUGGAUGAGCACUUUAAUCAUAUUGGGAUGUAUAAUCAGAAUGCUCUACAGAUUGCAAAAGCUAUUGGAAGGACACAAUUGUUUCCAUCCUGA